AUGAAGAGUCUGCACUCAAGGGUUUUACAGAAGCAAGACACUGCAGGAGAUGCUUUCCAUGACUGUGACUCAAUGGGACCAUGUAAAGGCACUUUGGUUCAUGCAGAGUAGAUCCUAAACAAAUGCAAAGAAUGCAGGAAAGCAUUUAACAAGAAUUGCCUCCUUGUCUGACAUCAGUGCAUUCACACUGGAGUGAAACCUUAAGAAUGCCACAAGUGUGGGAAAGCCUUUCAUGAAAAGGUAGACUGACAAAUGAGGAUUCACACUAGAGAGAUGUCCAAUAAGUACAUCGAGUGUGGAAAGGUUGUUAGCCCCAUGCUGACAUCCAUGACACACCUCAUGUAUCACCAGCAGAUCCACCCUGGCAAGAAGCCCUAUAAGUGCAGUGAAUGUAGAAAGACCUUCAACUAUCACUGUUUUUGUCCUGCGUAGCAUGACCCAGCCUCCGGGUGCAACAAAUGUGGGAAUGCCUUUCACCACAACUCUGCUUUCACUCAAUACAAGAGGAUUCACACCAGACAGAAGCCCUACACGUGCAGCGAAUGUGGAAAGACCUUCAUCUACCACUCUGUUUUUAUUGGACAUGGCAUGACCCACAAUGCACAAAAGCCUUAUGAGUGUAAAGACUGUGGGAAAGGUUUUUACUACAGUGUCUCCCUCACUCAACACAUCAGGAGUCACACUGGAGAGAAGCCCUAUGAGACUUCUAGCCUCACCCUCCUCUCUGAACUGUGCCUCUCGUGGAUAAGCCAGCAUCUCCUCCUGGUCUCAGCCCUGCACCUCACCCUCCCUGAGAAGCACCCAGCACCUGGCAAGGACUCAUUCUUGUCCCUUCAGAAAAACAGGAGCUCCAGUGACCCGGAUUGA